UAACUGGUCUUCCAAUCACAAACGGAUACAAUCAUCACAUGAUGAAUUAAAAACCCGUACCAGUUUUAAAACAGUAAACUGGUAAACGAAAUAGGACAAGAAUUGUGGUCAUAUUUAACAGUAACGUUACUACUUCAAAAUGGAAUCCUCAUCAAGAACAGGCAAAGGUAAUGAGCCUGAGGUGGGCAUAUUGCUUGAUUUUGGGUUACCCUAUAACUCCGCAGUCCAAGUCAAUGUCAACAGUGAGGAUGCCCCUGAAGAGGCUACUAAAGUGGCCUUUGAGGAAUUGCUUCAUGUUCCAGCUGAUAAACUGGACGGUAAACUGGCCACUAACCGGGGAGAUACAGAACGUGAAGAUCAACAGAACAGUGCAAACAAUGAUACAGCCAGGUGUAGUCAGGACACCGGGACUACUGAAGAAUCCCCACUUUGGGCAGAUGUAGCAGAUGAGCACCUGAUUGAGAGUGAGCAGUUUGAUUUUGACCUGCCAGUGUCACCAGUAGAGAGUGCAAAGGUUGAAGUUGAUGAUGACGAUGAAGUGUUUUUCGGCCCGAUCGGUUUGACUGAGGCCUGCAUCGCCAAGAAAACACAGCUGAAAAGCCAAUCCCCAACCGAGUGCAAACCCCUCAGCCCUCUCAACGUUGAGCAAUACGUGGAACUCUUCCUGGAGGCCAACAAAGUGGCCAUGGAGCUCACAAGCCGAAAGGAAAGCGACGAGUCGCAAGGGUCUGACAGUCAGGAAAGUAAAGACAAAGAGACUGGUGGGGUUGAUGACAAAUCGGAACAGUCCUCUGAAACAAAACCCUCCAUUGAAGUAUCAGAUUGUCAGACUGGGGAGAGGGAUGGCCUAGCCAACCUGCCUGGGAAAGCAGAAGUUAGGACCUUCAAGAGGCUCGUUCGUAAGGAAAUGCGCAGCCCGCGUCGCGGGACCUACACGAUAUCGGUCAGCCCGGCCAAUACGCCCCCGCCGCCGCACUUACCAUCCGCCGACGAUUGUGUGUCCAAACUGACUAGGGAUAAGCCUGAGACGUUGAAUUUCAGUGCUGUUGGAAGUCGCAAGCAGCCGUCGCUGAAGGCUCCGCAGUCCAAGUUACCCGUGAAAGGAACCAGGAGAUCCAAGCUGCCCACGAAGGGUGGACUGCAGAAAAUGAUACCAUCUCCUAAUCCAUCAAGUGGCAUGAGCACCGACAAACUGCUCCGGAAAAAGUUGAGCAGUCCCCCGAAACGCAAACGGCUCAACAGCUGCGAGUCGGAGGAUCUGGGCUCGGAAGCCAGCAGUGUUGCAUCAGAGACGUCGGAGACUGCAGGCUUGUCGAUGGGAGUACCCAAGGGAAAGCGCCCUCAACCAGGGAGCUUUCUCCCCAAGUGGACCAGUGGACUACGGCCGCCAGCAAAAGCUGCAACCCCAUCUGCUGAAUCACACCAGCAAAAAUCAACAGCGGCAUGCAUCAAGGCACCAACGGCCAAGCCCAGCCUGCUGCAGCAAGGCACGCUGCAGCGACGGAUGGUGCAGGCCAGCCGACCGCUCAAACUUGUCAAGCCCGGUCAACGAGGGUCCUUGCAGUUGUCCAGCAAGCCGCAGCCGGUCAAGGCAGUGGUCGGAGUGGCAAAAGUGCCGAGUGCCAAAGAAGCCACAAAAGCUACACCUAAGAAAGCAGCAAGCGUCAGGCAGACACCCAGCCGUUUGCCUAGUACACCAAGUACUCCUGUCCACCAGGACAAGAAGGCUGUCCCCAAACGUCUCCUGAGCAGUGAUCAAUCUGCCACUAAGCCUGUGGGAAGGUCACUCAGCACAUCGACCAUCCCCACGCCUCGGUCUAAACUGAUGCCCCCUUCUACGCCAUCCCGCUCAGACUCCAAGGUGGUUCCAGCCAGUGCUGGAUCAGCACGGCGCCGGUCUGGCAUCCCGACACCCUCCAGACGAUCCAUUGCAUCUACCUCGAGGCUCGGUUCCACCAGUAGUACCAUUUCUAAUCCAAGUCCAAUGAGAUUCCGAGGCCAAAGGACAUCCACCACUACCUCCAGUCCCUCGGGCUCACCAUUCCCUCACAAGCCUGCUCCACCGACGGCCAAAGAGGGCGCUAUCAAGCUGGACCUAGACUCUUCUCCAGCCCGCCCCAAAGAGGUCACUCCACGCAACGGGAGGCCCGCGCUGGAGACCAAGACUAACUUGGUGGGAGAGAGGAAGAGCUCCCCAGUUGUUGGCUUGCUCAUUGAUAUCAAGACCGAAACAUCUGAAGAAAAGCUUCCAAAGGCUGCUGUGUGUCAGGGAAGCACCGGUACACGUACCAACAAGGAGAAUCUAAUUGACCUACUAUAAGAAGUCAUGCACGUCGGACAUUGAACGUACAAUGCUAUCAUGUAAAUCUAAUAAUAACUAGUUUAAUAGAGAGGCAGCGAGAUGAGUUAAUCAAUAGUUUCUAUUCCUGUGUGGACAGGCUUGUACAAAAUGUAAAUGGUGCAAAUAUGUAAUUAAAAACAAAUACAUGUACAUGUAGACAGAUCGAUCUUGUAGUUUUUAAGAGUGAAGAGAAAAUUACCAUUUUUGUAAUGUCGUAUCAUUGAUAUCUUUACCAGGAUAAGUUUAAUGACACUCUGAUAAAAAAUCACGAAAA